CUCUCUCCCUCAAUUUCUCUGAAUCUCUGAACCAAAACAAAAAUCUCAAGUUCGCCGAGUAUGGGAAGCUUAGAUCAAAUCUAUCAAUGUGAUCCCUCUUCUCUGUUUUGUUAAUCACUUGCGUCUCCUUCGCUGUGAUUCGUCAGUUUUUUUUUUUUUUUUUUCAUAACGACGAUGACUUUGACGAGGUCAAAGAGUCUUCCGGCGACGGAGAACGGUGAAUCCGAUCGGGAGAAGCUUCAAUCAGGGAGAUCAGUAGCUGGGAUACUCUACAAAUGGACUAAUUACGGCAAAGGAUGGAGAUCUAGGUGGUUCUUACUCCGCGAUGGAAUCUUAUCGUAUUCUAAGAUCCGUAGACCGGAGAAUGUGAAUAUGUUAUGUCCUUCCGAUGAUGUGAGGUUAAUCGGAGAUAUUUCUACCGAUCGUCUCUCUAGGAUGAAGAGUUGUAGUGGUCGUGGUCGUCGGAAACAUCACAAAACCAUCGGCAUUGUUCAUCUCAAGCAGGUUUCAUCUUACCGAGAAAGCAAAUCUGAUCAUAGAAAGUUUUAUAUAUUUACUGCAACCAAGACUCUGCAUCUGAGGACUGAUUCUAGAAGUGAUAGAGCUGCAUGGUUACAAGCUUUAGCAUCAACUAGAGGCAUCGUUCCUAUCCAGGCAGUUAGUGGGGAUUUCUCCUUCGUAUCACCAAAGGAUUUAUCCAUAUCUACCGAGAGACUAAAGAAACGGUUGCUUGAAGAGGGAAUAAACGAGAGUCUUGUAAACGAGUGCGAACAGAUCGUGGAUGCAGAGUUUACUGAAGUUCAAGAACAAAUUAAACUUCUCCACGAAGAGCGGACAAAGUUGCUUGAUGCAUUGAGGCAGCUCGAGAUGGCUAAUCUUGAAGUUGAAGCCUCAGGGAUCGAUGGAAAAGUCUACCAAUUAACAAAUCAUAAGUAUUCCAGCUUUAGACGUGGAAAAUAUAAUGAAUGCAGUACAAGUGCUUCAUCUGAUGAUAAGCAAGAUUUUGAAGAUAUAUCUGAGGAAGAUGAGGCUUCCUUCCAUGACACAAAAGAGUCAUUUGGAGAAUCUGGUGGUGAUUCUGUGCAAACGCAUUUCAAGAGACGUACAAAGCUUCCUGAUCCAGCAGAGAAAGAGAGAGGUGUCAGCCUCUGGUCUAUGAUCAAAGACAAUGUUGGAAAGGAUCUCACACGAGUUUGUCUUCCUGUUUAUUUCAAUGAACCGAUCUCCUCUUUGCAAAAGUGCUUUGAAGACUUGGAGUACUCUUAUCUCUUGGACCAAGCAUAUGAAUGUGGAAAAUCUGGGAACAGUCUCCUUAGAGCCCUGAAUGUUGCUGCUUUUGCGGUCUCUGGUUAUGCUUCCACCGAAGGACGGCACUGUAAACCUUUCAACCCUUUGCUUGGGGAAACUUAUGAAGCUGACUUUCCUGAAAAGGGGAUUCGUUUCUUCUCUGAGAAGGUCUGCCACCAUCCAACAGUUAUUGCCUGCCAUUGUGAAGGUAAAGGGUGGAAGUUCUGGGGAGACACAAACCUCAGGUCAAAGUUUUGGGGGAGAUCGAUUCAACUUGAACCUGUUGGAAUCUUGACUCUCGAGUUUGAUGAUGGAGAGAUUUUCCAGUGGAGCAAAGUAACAACAACUAUAUACAACAUCCUACUUGGUAAACUGUACUGUGAUCACCAUGGGACAAUGCAAAUUCGUGGGAACCGCCAAUAUUCUUGUACGCUAAAGUUCAAGGAGCAAUCGAUUCUCGAUAGAAAUCCCCACCAGGUUAAUGGUUUUGUAGAAGAUGUAACUGGAAAAAAAGCUGCUACUGUUUUUGGUAAAUGGAAUGAUAGCCUUUACUAUGUUGCUGGGGAGGGACUGAACAAGGCAAGCGCCUCAUUGCUGUGGAAAGCGACGAAGCCACCACCUAAUGUCACAAGAUACAACUUAACAUCAUUCGCGAUCACACUAAAUGAAUUGACACCUGGUUUGGAGGAAAAGCUCCCUCCAACAGAUUCUAGGCUCCGACCAGAUCAACGUCACUUGGAGAACGGUGAAUAUGAGAAGGCAAAUGAAGAGAAGCAACGAUUAGAGAGAAGACAAAGAAUGUCACGGCAAAUUCAGGAAAGCGGGUGGAAACCAAGAUGGUUCGAGUCACAAGGAGAGAGCCAAGGCUACAAGUAUACAAACGAUUACUGGAAAGCACGGGAUGCGAGAAGUUGGGAUGAUUGCCCUAACAUAUUUGGAGAAUUCACCGAAGAGAUGGCAGAUUGUGCAUAAGCUGAGGUAUUACGAAAUGUCAAAAGUUGUGAUUCCCCUUCACGCGGUUCAUACCCUCAAGAAACUUGUUCAACUGGAAUCAGCUUAAGAUUAGGAUACAUUUGGGAUCUAAUUUGCUAUGGUUCAGGACUAAGGAGGAACUUGAGUUGCGGUUCGUCAUCGUCCUUCUAGAGAUCGUCUCUCCAAUUUCAGUUUACGGUUUAUCUUAGACCUCAAAGAUCUAAAGAUGAACUAUUCUUUUCAUUUUUCUCAGUUCUUUUGUAAUAAUCUGUUUUUUUUUCUUUUUUCUUUGUUAUAGCUUGAAGAGGGUCUUUUAAAGAGUUUAUAGAGCCUCACUGUAAAGGGUCAACAAAGAAAAAUUUAGUGUGGUUCCAACAUUUGGACAAAAAUAUUCAUUGUGAUCUAUUUGUACUUAAUUCUAUACAAAAGAAGCCACUCAAAUACGACGAAUUUAUGCA